CUGACGUCACUCGAGCCUAUCUGCCGUUUGUUUACAAUCGCCUUGCUCUUAAUCUUCUUUCAAAAGUAUUUCAGACUAUAGAUUAACAUGCCAUUGCCAAGAUAUAGAUACUGUGUAGUGCCUAUGUGCACAAAUACAACGACAACAGCUCCUGAAUUAACAUUUUUCGAUGUGCCUAGAAAAGAUGUUGAAAGAAAAAAAUGGUGCCUUGCUAUGAAACGGGAUGAUAAAAGAAACCCCGUUUUGUCUUCAACAUCUGUCCGAAACGUUUGCGAAGAUCAUUUCGAUCUUCAACUUGAUACUGAAAAUUAUCUUCAGCAUAAAUUGCAAGGAACAAAACUUAGAUUGAAAAAAGGAAUUGUACCUCAUAUUUUUACUUGCCAGAUAGAUAAAACUUCUGCAUCAGGCCCUGUCAGAAUGAAGUUGAGAAAGUCGAAAUAUUUAUCGUUGGAAGAGAAUUCUCCAAUUUCCUGCACCUUAUUGCCUAGAAGAAAGGCAAAAGAUAUCAACAGAUUGGAAAAUGCAAAAGAUAAUCAAGAGGAGGAGGCGGAAGGUUGGCAGAGAGUAUUGAAUAAACUAGAAGCAAAGUUUUCUGAUGAAAAACAAGAAAGCGAAAACAUAGAGAUUCCAGAUGGUGAAAGACUGGCAAAUGGUAUGAUAAAGAAAGAGAGCAUGGAAAAUGAGACGGUUAAGAGCGUAGGCCUUGAAAAUGUUAUGAAUGUGGGAGAUUCAAUAAGUUCAACAAUGGAAAACGAAAAAUUAGCUAUGCCAGGAGCAGAUGCAGUUGUGCCAAUUUCGAAUUCUAAUUCCGAACCAGACGUGUGUUCAGAUUCUAAUAUUAAAGAUGAAAAAAAGAAGAUUAAGCCUUUAGAAAAUGGUUUCAAUGGACAUCAUGACACGAAAGAAACAACUCUAAAUGGAAAAGCAGUAACAUCUGAUGUUGCAACUCAUUUGAGAUUUGACAUUUUCUCAAGUUGUAAACAACUUUCAGCCAAAGCAACAAAACAUCAAAAUAAUCAGUUGGUUGAAGAAACAAAAGAAGCAACAUCGAAAUUUAGAAGUAUAGCAAGUGACAUUGAAAUAUGUGCAAAUCAAAUUCGAGCGUUUAUAAAGACCAGGAAUAUUAUCUUUAUGUCUCCGUUGUCAUCUCUAAAAUCUAAUGCUCAAUUUAAGACAUUAUAUAGCAGUGUUUUAAAUGAAGAUCAAAAGAAAACAGUUUCUGCCACCCCAGAUCAAAAUGCUACAGAGGUCAAAGAGGCUAAAUGUUCUGCUGAUGUAUUAGAAGUUGUUAAUGUUGUGAAGACAAAAACAAACCACCUCCCCCCUGUUGGAGAAUUCAAAAGAAAGCAACUGCAACCUGGUAUAAAAGUGUAUGCAAUGAGAACUAGUCAAGUUGGAGAAUUUGGUGAAGGUGUGAUAAUCUCAGCUAGAGAUUCAGGUGAUGGUAAAUUAUAUAAAGUGAGAUUUGACAAUACAAAAACUGCACCUUUAAAACUCUUUAGUGCUAAACAGCUGGCCUAUACGGAGUCACCAGAUGUUAUAUUACCUGUUGGAACUAGAAUUUGUGCUCGUUACUGUGAUGGCGUUAGGACAGCUAUAUAUGCAGGAAUAACAGCAGAACCUCCAAAAAUUACAAACAGUGAAAGGUAUUUGAUAUUUUUUGAUGAUGGAUAUGCUCAAUAUAUUUAUCACCAUGAUAUUUUUGCCAUGUGUGGUCAAAGUAAUGAUGUAGCUGAUGACGUUCAUGAAAAUCUAAAAGAAUUUAUUAAAGCUUAUUUACAAAAGUAUCCAGAGAGACCUAUGGUAAAAUUACAGCAAAAUCAAAUUACAAAAACUGAAUAUGAAUGUAAAUGGUGGGACACAAAAGUUUUAGACAUUGAUGCCAGUAUGGUCAAAAUGUACUUCAUUGAAUCCCAUAGAACUGAGUGGAUCUACAGGGGAUCUACUAGACUGAAAUUAUUAUUCAAUGAACUUCAAAAUGCAGAAGAGCAUCGUCGUGCUGGAGGUAAAAAUCGUAGACACAAUAUAGUUCCUCGUAAGCCACAUCAACCAUAUGUCGAAUAUACAAGAGAAGAAGAAGUGGUUACAUUAGACUCAGAUGAUGAAAAUGAAGUUCAAACCACAGCGAAAUAUCUCCACCCUAGGAGAAAAACAGGAGGUAGUCAAUAUCUUAAUGAAGCGCCAGUUCGAAAUAAAGCUCGCAAAUCUGGGUCUGGAGCUGCUGCACCGAAAUCUCGUUUUGCAAUUUGCAAUGUACCUUUAAAAUGUCGUACUCCAGAUAUAAAAUCUCAUUUGGGAUACAGAGAAAUUCGUAGGAGAUACUCUUUUACUAGAGUAAAUUUUCAAAGGCAUCCUACAGAUACACUUAUAUGCAAAGAAAAGGAAAAUCCUGCUAAUUUAAAAGGGCAAAAUCCUAUGCUCAUACCUAUACAUCUUGGAUGGGAAAGACAAGUGAGAAAGUAUAAGAAGAAAAGGAGUACCAGUACUAGGAUUAAAAUUAUCUACAGGACUCCAUGUGGAAAGCACUUGCGCUCCUUAGAAGAAAUUCAGUUUUAUUUAUAUAUAACAUCUUCUCAUAUUCCAAUUGAUUUCUUUAGUGUUGAUUACCAAGUCCUUGUGUUUCGAACUUUCCGACCAAAGGAGGUACGUUACGACAAUAAAGACAUAACCGGAGGAAAAGAAAAUGUUCCAGUUGCCUGUGUAAACUCCUGGAGUAAUGACCCUCCACCAUUUGUUGAAUACGAAGCUCAAAGGUUUCCUGGCAAAAAUGUAUAUUUAAACUUAGAUCCUGAUUUUCUUUGUGGAUGUUCUUGUACAGAUAAUUGUCAGGAUCCAGAAAAGUGUGAGUGUCAGCAAAUAACUAGUUAUGCCAGGUAUGGAUCAGCUGGGGGAGAACCUGUUGGAUAUAAAUUUCGAAGACUGAAAGAAUCUAUAAUUACAGGGAUAUAUGAGUGCAAUGUAAAAUGCAAAUGUUCUGCAUCAUGCGGAAAUAGAGUUGUUCAAAAUGGCCUACAGGUUCGUUUACAAAUGUUUAAAACUGAAAGAAAAGGUUGGGGGAUUCGAUGUCUCGAUGACCUGGAUGCUGGUCAAUUUAUAUGUAUAUAUGCUGGCCAAUUGCUAACAGAUCAAGGAGCUGAUGAAGAUGGGAAUGAAUUUGGUGAUGAAUAUUUAGCUGAAUUAGAUCACAUUGAAGUAGCUGAAAAAAACAAAGAAGGCUAUGAAUCUGAUGUUCUAGAGAUGGAGGAAGAAUAUGAUGAAGAUAAGAAUGACAACAAAAGUGAUUUCUCUGAUGAUGAUCCAAAUGAUCCUGAUGCCUCAUUUAGUUCUGAUGAAAAUGACUCUGACUUCGAGCCAAACUUGCGUAGUACUGCAAUUACAUCACUGUCUACAAGGAGGAGUAAAAAAUCUAAACUGGACUCUGAUUCAUCGCGGCAAUCUAUGAACGAUGAAUCUGAAGGUGAUGUUAGUAAUGGCAAAAGAAAGAAUAAAUGGUUGCCUGAUUUGUCUAAAUCACUUGAUAUGAUAACAAUCACUCCACGUCCUCUAAGUCCUGAGUCUGCUGCGUUUGUGGAUAAUGUUGAGUUUGUUCGAACUCCAAAACUAUCAGACAAUGCUAAGACUAUUGCGAAAAAGUCUUUAAACUCUAAACAGACUACACCACUAAGGCCCUCUAGGAAAGAAAAUAGGUUUCGAACAGUGCGAAGCUAUUAUGGAGAUGAAUCUUGUUACAUCAUGGAUGCCAAAAGUAAAGGAAAUAUUGGGCGAUAUUUAAAUCAUAGUUGUGCACCUAAUGUAUUCGUGCAGAAUGUUUUUACGGAUUCCCAUGAUUUAAGGUUCCCAGCUAUUGCUUUCUUUGCCAUGCAUUACAUUUUAGCAGGGACAGAACUAACAUGGGACUAUAAUUACGAAGUUGGUAGUGUAGUAGACAAAGUUAUGUAUUGCUAUUGUGAUGCAAGAAAUUGUAGAGGAAGGCUGCUGUAAAAUGAAUUUUGUUCUACUUGCCAAAAGAUCGAUCACUAAGACACCAACUGUACAGAAUAAGAAGUUUACCCAUUCCACACAUUGUAAAAUUCAUUUCUAAACAUAAUCAAAUUUCAACCUGUACAUAAAUAUGUAUAUAUGACAUUAUAAAAGAGUUUUUAAAUGUAUAUAAAUUAUCUAUGUAUAUAAAAAUGUCCAUUUCGUGACUGUGCCUUAAUUCUUCGUUUUACAAAUGUAUAAGUUCUAUGGUAAAUGGAAGUAAAUGUUAGUUUUUGCUCUGAACUAUCAUCUGUUAAAUAAAUGUGGGUACUUUCGCACAAAUGUAUCUAAUUUAGUACCAAAUUAAUCAUUGAGACCUAAAGUCUGAAAUAGUGAUCUCUGAAUGUAAUAGUGACUUUUUUGAAAAAUCAGAGAUAUGCUACGUUAUGCCUCAUAGUGAUCGUGGACAAUUGUUUCUUUAUGAUUCUUGGUUUUAAAUUUUUUGGUUCUGCUUUUGUAUCCUGCCACAAUAUCGUGAAUUUGAAUUGCCAAUGAAGUCAACCAAUUGGCAGCUUGUGAUGUCCUUAUAUUUAAAAUGCAACAAUAAUAGCUUGGUGAAAAAACAAACAUUCAUUGAGUGUGAUGCCUAAUCAGCUUCAAUUUCUCACUAUUUAGUUUUGAACUUAUUUUAUAUAAUUUUGAUAGUUUAAAAUUUGAGUAAAUGCACACCUAAGUGUUUAAAAGCAUGUGCCAAUAUUUAUUACUCCUUACUACAAUUACAUGCACACUUAAUUACACAUUUAAAAAAUUUUAAUUCAUAUUAUUUUUUAUAUAUAAUUAUUAUAUCUGAAAAUUUGUUUUAUUUUUAAAUUUUUGUUUUAUAUAAUUACGUAUUGCCUACUGUUAUUUAAAAGAUAAAGGAGUUAAUGUUUCCUUUUUAAUAUUGAUGUAUUUUAAGUUCCAUUGAGCAAAUUUAUGUAUAAAAUAUAAUUCAAAAGAUUAAAUGAAAAUUAAAAUUACAUGCUCUUUCCAUUUUUUUUGGGGGGGGGGGAUAUAUGAAUUUUCAUGAGGUUUUAUCCAUACUGGGGGUAUAUGUUUUUUAUUUUAAAUUCGUGGAAUUAUAUUUUGUAGAUUACUAAAAAUUAGAAAUGACAUUUUCAUAAUAAAAGUACAAGGAAACAGAUUAAUACUUUGUAACUGUGAUUUUUGUUCAUGUGUAAUUUAUUUAUUAUUUAAAAGAUUCAAACAUGUUCUUUUUUCAAGCUAUUGUAUUCUUUUAAAAUGUGUUCAUUCUAUAUAAUAGGGGUGCACAUCUUUACACUGAGAUAGGCAGUCAGAUAAAAAAAAAAACUAGACUAUCAAGGGAUUGCGUCACGGUAUAAUUUGUGCAUUUUUGUAAUUUACGGCUCUGAUGUGUCCAUUUUAAAAAUUUUAAAGGCAAAAUGCAAUGCAUUUUGUUUAAUAUUUGUAUUGUUUUAUGAAGUUAAAAAUGUAUUUGCAAAAUUACAAGCUGUAGUUGUUCUUUAAAAAAUUUGACUUGGUCAUUACAGGAUUUAAACAUUUCAUAAUAGAUUUUUUUUUUACUUUAAUGCCAUAUUUUUUACUUUUAUACCAUGAAUCAUGUUUUUUUUUUGUUGAAAAAAACUCUUUCUCUAAAGCAAGGUCUAUGUGUUGUGCACCCUUUCUAAAUAUAAUUUGUAUUCGUUCAAAUUUAUUUAUCUUCAUUCUAUAAACUAAAUACAUCAGAAUAGCAAUGGCUGUGAUAUCUGUUAUGUUAAUGCAUUUUAUGAAAAGUCAAACUACACUGCCAUACAUGUAUAUUUUGAAACAUUUUCCAAAUAAAUGUUUUUUUCUCCCA